AUGGCCCUCAGUAUCCGGCAGAAGAGGGUGCGAAGAAUCUCCGGAGACCCAGUCUAUGGGGUUGUGGUGCAAGGCCCUGUGGAUGGUCUGGCUACUGGCACCCCACUCUAUAGUGUGGCGGUGCAAGGCACUAUAGAUGGAAGGACUACUUGUACGUCAAUGGGUUGGAGGUUUGGUACCUGGAAUGUAGGCACGUUGACAGGAAGAAGUUUGGAAGUGGUGGAGGAGCUGCAGAGGAGAAUGGUUGACGUGGCUGCAUUACAGGAGAUCAGAUGGAAGAGUGAGGGUACAAGGUUUGUGGGGGCUAAAGGUGGAAGAUAUAAGUUGUGGUGGAAGGGGGAUGAUGGUACUGGAGGAGUUGGUGUGAUGGUAAGAGAAGAGUUGGUGGAGAAGGUGUUGGAAGUGAGGCGAAGAAGCGAUGGUGUAAUUGUGGUGGUGAUGGUGUUUGGAAAAGUAAUAGUGAGGGUGAUAUCAGGAUAUGCUCCGCAACAAAGUAGGAAGGAAGAGGAGAAGGAUAGGUUUUAUGAUGAUGUUUCUGACGAGAUUGGGCAAGCGGGGUUGAAUGAGUUUGUGGUGUUGUUGGGUGAUUUGAAUGGUCAUGUGGGGGCGGAUGCAGACGGAUAUGAAGGUGUACAUGGGGGAUGGGGAUAUGGUAUACGGAAUGAGGAAGGGCGUAGAGUGUUGGAGUUGGCGGAUGCACAUAGCAUGGUGAUGGGGAAUACUUGGUUCACAAGGGAACCAGCGCGAUUGAUUACUUAUAGAUCAGGGAAACAUAGAUCGAUGAUAGACUAUAUAUUGGUAAGGACCAAACAUAGGAAGUAUGUGAAGAAUGUGAAGGCGAUACCUGGGAAUGUUAUUAAACCGAUGGUUGAAAUUCAGGCAGCCACCAUCACCAAGGUCACACCCAUUGCAUUGAACCAGCACUACCUGUACUCAUAA